GGACGCGAUGCAACGCCAAUUAUGUGAGGCAUUAGGCCAUGGAUCAAAUUCAGUUGCUGCUGGAAAGAGAGAGCAUUCAUGCACUUGCCAGGUCUCUUUAGCUAGCAGUCGUCCUGUGUCUACUUGUUACCAGGACCAUGUAUGUAUGUAUGUAUGUAUGUAUGUCUACUGCUCCAGGACAGGACAACCACGCCGAGAUAGGUAGGAGAGGCCACCCAGAGGAUGCAACAAUGGCGACGACCGCUAUAUAUACCCCUGCACCCUGCAUCUCCUCCUCCUCCUCCCAGCUGAACCACAAGCAGUGAGCGCUGUCCAUUGUUUGUUUCUCUGUAGAAGAUCAGUAAGAAGAGUUGUGGAGAUGGGGAGGGAUCAGCAGCAGGCAGGUGUUGGUGCGGGCGCGGCGGCGGCGCACCGGGAGAAGGUGAAGCUGUUCAUGGGGGUGCUGGCGCUGCAGUUCCUGCUCGCCGGCUUCCACAUCGUCAGCCGGGCGGCGCUCAACAUGGGCAUCAGCAAGCUCGUCUUCAUCGUCUACCGCAACGUCAUCUCCCUCGCCCUCCUCGCCCCCUUCGCCUACUUCCUCGAGAAGAAGGACAGGCCGCCGCUGACCUUGUCGCUGCUGGCGGAGUUCUUCGUGCUGGCGCUCAUCGGGAUCACGGCGAACCAGGGGUUCUACCUGCUGGGGCUGUACCACCUGUCGCCGACCUACGCGUCCGCGAUCCAGAACAUGGUGCCGGCCAUCACCUUCGUGCUGGCCGCGGUGCUCCGGCUGGAGCAGGUGGACCUGGGCCGGCGGCACGGGGUGGCCAAGGUGGUGGGCACGGUGGUGAGCGUCGGCGGCGCCACGGUGAUCACGCUCUACAAGGGCCUGCCGCUCUUCAGCCACAACCUGCACGUGCAGGCCGUCCUCUCCUGGACCUCCGGCAGCCCCAUCUUCAACUGGACCCUGGGCUGCGUCUUCAUCCUCGGCCACUGCCUCUCCUGGUCGGGAUGGAUGGUGCUCCAGGUGCCCGUCCUCAAGCGGUACCCGGCGAGGCUGUCGGUCAUCUCGCUCACCUGCGUCUUCGGGCUGCUCCAGUUCCUCGUCAUCGCCGCCUUCACCGAGGUGGACCUCAGCCGGUGGAAGGUCCGGUCCGGCGGGGAGCUCUUCACCAUCCUCUACGCCGGGCUGGUUGCCUCCGGCGUUGCCUUCGCGCUCCAGAUCUGGUGCAUCGACCGCGGCGGCCCUCUCUUCACCGCCGUCUUCCAGCCCGUCCAGACCGUCGCCGUCGCCGUCAUGGCCGCCGUCAUCCUCGGCGACCAGCUCUACACCGGAGGGAUCAUCGGGGCGGUGCUGAUCGUAAUCGGGCUAUACUUCGUGCUGUGGGGGAAGAGCGAGGAGAAGAAGACGAGGAGCCAGCAGGACCCGGAGAUGGCGAGGCACCUGCUAGACGGCGGCGCGGCUGGCAAAGAUCAGCGAGUGAGCGCCACCGUGCUGGCGUGAAAGCAGCUGCAGGAGUGGACAUACAUGCAUCCAUUGGAGGUGUGUGUGCUAGCUGAUGCACGUGGGUGUUUGUACCCUAGUACGUACGUGCCAUUUAGUAACUACUACUGCUGUUUUGGGUGUGCAACCAAGAAGAAGACUCGUACUAGUUGACGAUGUGAACUGCAAAAACACUCGGUCAUACUUUCGGUGCCUACUGUGUAUAGCCUUUGUCUUCGAGUUGUGUGUGUAUAUGGAUCGAUAGUUGGGAG